UCAAAAGAAUGGUCGAUUGCCUUCUUCCGCGUUUUCUUCACUAUUUUUCAUUUAGGAUUUUAUUCUGCACGGUAUGCAUGCAACUAAGUUGACGUCUAUCAAGCAGUGAUAUAGGCUUGUCCAAUCUUUACAAUGAGAAGGGAAAAGCAGGACAUUACACUUUUCAUUGUACUUUUUAUGUGUCUGAAUGUGUUGAUUUUGUUGCAAAAUAUCACCUGGAAAGAUUUUAUUUGAUGACGCAGCCUUGUUCCUGGAAAUUGACAUUUGCUAAAGUUCGUACUCCGGAUUACCAUGACCAGAAGAUCUACCGUGAGCAAGCCAAUUCAGAUUCAGCUGUCAAUGUGGUUUCGAGUGGGGUAACUUCGUUAAUCUUCAGCCAAAUAUUGGAAGGAAUUAUAAGUUGUCGUUGUAUAUUGAUCGUCAUUAUUUGUAUUAGAGUGCAAUUAUCAUGAAUGGCUCGUUAGCCACCGUGAUGAAUGAAAUGGAUGUCAACCAAACUGAUAUAAAUGACGUUAACUAUGAAGGACGCAUUGUAAUCUCAAUCUAUUUCAUCUUAGUCUCAAUAUUCGGAUUCAUCGGCAAUUUGAUCAUAUUGAUAGUGCUCAUCAAGAUCCCUAAGAUGCGGACUGUACACACCAACAUCUUCAUCGGUAGCCUAGCCGCCAGUGAUCUCACAACUUGCUUGAUGCUGCCGUUCCUAGUGGUGGGUCUCGUCUCCAAGACGGGUUGGCCGCUGUCCGAUUGGAUUUGCAUCGCAACCUCCAUUCUCCGAUUCACCUGCCAGGGUAGUAGCGUGUGGAGCCUUGGCGCCAUCGCUAUCAACCGCCUUGUCCUCGUGACGAUGUCGACACGCAUUUACCGGUAUCUCUAUCAGCCCUCAACCAUUGUCAUCAACAUCGCAUUCGUGUGGUUGUUCCCAUUAAUGUGCGUAGUCAUACCUCACCUUACUGGCGACAUCGUCAUUGGAUUCGAUUCCGGUCCAAACAUCUGUAGCGAUACGGAUUUCGACCAGGAUGGCAAUCCAUCAAACACGUUUCUGUGGAUUCAAGGGCUAGUCCUAUCCUGUCUACCUAUCUGCAUAGUCUUCACAUGCUACGUGCGGAUUUACAUCUUCAUCCGAUUGCACAUUCGUCGUCAGAAAAAAAGCAAUCCGAGUACGGUGACCUUGAAGAGCGUGACGAGACUGACAACGCCAGAGCCAAGCUCGUCGACAUCAGACCAGAAGACAGAGAAUAACUCGAGUACCAUGAAUAACCGGCCCCCCAAACCGCAGGCUGGAGGUCUAAAAUCCAGGCUGAAAUCAAUGACCCUUCGGCGCAAUCUCAGCCAACUAGAAUCUCGCAUCACCAAGAACUGUUUCUACGUAUUCCUCGGGUUCCUACUCUGCGUCAUCCCCUACGGCAUCUUCAUCCUUGCAGACAUCGGGGUUGAGGGCGCCCCACUUGCUCUCGUCUUUCUAGUCUUCAAUACCUGCCUCAACCCUAUCAUCUACGGAACCAAACACCCUCAUUUUAAAGCUGCAAUUUGGAACAUUCUCACUGCAAGGUUUAGUAGGGAUUCGAACAUCCCUGGAACAAGUGGGACCAAACAAAAUGAGAACAAUGUUUUCGGUAGUAGGUCCCAGGCCGAUACUAAUAGAAUCAAUCAUUCACAGGACUUAAUGCAGUCAGCAGACUCAGCACUGUAGAGUGUAAAGUCACCUCUCAUUUUCCGUCGAUCCAGGGAUGGAGCUCCUAGCUUGCCUUGUAGAAUUUCGAAUGACAUCCCUGGUUCCGAUUUAAGAUUGUCGGCAAAGAUCGACUUUUAGAACCUCGUAUAGAAAAUCGCCAAAUCUCAAUUUGAGAAUUUAAGUGUCUAGCGAAAACAACCAAAACCCGCUGUACACCAAGCGUUAGUUUUGAGUUUAGGUAGUGGCGAAAGAUAAGUAUCAAAGCGUACGAUGUUUUUAAUCAUACAAUAUUAUCUAUCAAAACUAAAAUUGACUUAUAUCUGUCUUUGAAAUAUAUAAAUUAAAGAAAAUAUAGAAUGAUGAAUGAGUAAUGAACCUAGAAAUAGUAAAGAUGAUUGGAUAUGCUGUCCAAUGUGUUCACAUCCGCGUUAGUUCUUUUCCUGUGUGUGUGUGUAAUUGGGUUUUUACAGACGUGUAUCAAUCAGAUAUGAUUAUUUACGUCUGGGGACC